UCAGGUGGAACUGAUAAUCAAUCAGUUACCUCAGCUGCCUUAUGGCGCCACCUAUUUGUGUGUAUUUGGUGAUAGUGGACCUAUUCCAGCUCGUGUAACCCAGCAUGGCCUAACUUGCCAAACGCCACUUUUCACAAGUCGGCCAAUCAUUCCAGUAGGAGAAGAUCAUGUGAAAGUGAAUCUUGCCGUUCGGUCGAGUGAAACGGACACCGACUUCAUCAGUCGGCCGUUUACUUUCUACGACUGUGGCGUACAUAGAAGAUGUAAAGCUUGUGUAACAACUUCCUGGGCCUGCAGUUGGUGCGUUCAUCAGAACCUGUGUACCCAUAAUGCAUCACUCUGUUCGAGAAGAACGAUUGUUGGAGAAAGUGAUCCCACCAGCACCCUAAUAAAAGGGCAUGAUCACUGCCCAAGCUUCGACUUGAAUGAGGAAAUCUUCAUUCCUAAUGGCGUGCAGAAAGAAAUUAUGGUGAAAGUGAAAAAUUUGCUAACUCCACUGGAUGGUUACCAGUGUGUGCUAGAAAUUGAGGGAGCAAAAGAGAUGGUUUUUGCUCAAGUCCGAGAUAAUAAAGUAAUUUGUGCGAGAAAUGUGUACAAGUAUCAGACUGGUAUCGGAGAGAUGCAGGCGACUCUGACAGUUGUGUGGAAUGAAGAUACUUUUAUUGACAGUACUAACAUAACCUUGUAUAAGUGCCACCUACUGGGGAGUCAUGGAGGACGAGCUGAUUGUUCCCUGUGUCUAACUAGAAGCAGCCAGUACCAAUGUGCUUGGUGUGGAAGUGAUUGUAACUAUAGUGGUUCCUGUACAGAACCCAUUCUUAGCUCUUGCCCUCGGCCCCGCAUUGACUGGAUUCAUCCUUUGAGUGGGCCUAUUGAAGGAGGAACACUGGUGACGAUUGAAGGUUCCAAUCUUGGAUCUAGUGAGGAAGAAAUUAAAGGGAAAAUCAUGAUUGGUGGAAUACCAUGUAUACCGAAAGAUUACAGUGUUUCAGUGAGGGUGGCGUGUCAAACAGGAUCAAGUUUAGUUCCGAUGGAAGCUAUGGUAAUCAUUGGAAAUGAAGCAGGAGUUACUAGAGCUCAGGAGAUAUUUCAUUAUAAGGAGGUUACGCUUGAGGAUAUCUACCCUAAGCUUGGCCCCCAGUCUGGAGGUACGCGGGUCUAUCUCAGUGGCAACAAUCUGAAUGUAGGAAGUGAAGUGAGGAUUUUCCUUGAUGAUCUUCCAUGCCGAGUGGAAAGACCACUUGCCAGCAGUAGUCAACUGAGCUGCCGUACAACUCGAGCCCCUGUGCCAUCUUAUCAUAUUGGACAGCUGUUGUUGCAGAUUGACAACACUAACUUAACCCUUAAAGACCCAUAUCUCUACACAAAAGACCCUACCAUACAAAGUGUUGAGCCACUGAGUAGCUGCUUUAGUGGAGGCAGAAUUAUCAGAGUUGUUGGCACCAACCUAACGUCUAUUCAGCAACCACGAUUGGUAGUUUUCAGCCAUACUGGGGUAGUUAAUAAAACUUUUUGCUCGGUUGUUAACACUACUACGAUGCUGUGUCCAUCACCUGCUGUACACUCCGAAGUUUACAGAAGAAGUAGGCUUCACCAAGUCCAUGAUAUCAGAAACAUCGUGUUGAGAAUUGGGUUUGUGAUGGAUGGUGUUCAUUCCGUCCGAGAACUCGAACGCUACUAUCCAAAGCUUGAAACUAACCUGCAUUAUGUGCCUGAUCCUGUAUAUUAUCAGUUUGGAAAUGAAGGAAUCAAAUUGUACAAGGGCGAGAGCCUUGUUAUAGAGGGAGAAAACCUGCAACUUGCGAGUAAGGAGUCGGAAGUGAAUAUUACUAUUGGCACUCGUCCAUGCAACGUGACAUCCUUGAGUGCGUCACAGCUAGUAUGUCUUCCGCCAGAGGUCCAACCACCUGGCACAGAUGAAAUUGGAAGAACAACUGAAAAUGAUCUACCAGUUGUGGUGAUCAGGGUUGGCCAAAAUCUCCGUUAUGAAGUUGGCUACCUUCGCUAUGAGGUCAUCAAAACUUCUGAGUUUCCGCCAGAGGCUGUUGGAGGAAUUGCAGCUGGCGGAGCUGUACUAAUGCUGAUCACACUUGUUAUCCUGGCUGUUUUACAUUAUAAAAGUUCUCAAGCUGAGCGAGAAUACAAAAGGAUUCAACUUCAGAUGGAUACGUUAGAAAACAGUGUACGAUCUGAGUGUAAACAAGCAUUUGCAGAACUUCAGACUGAUAUGACUGAUCUCACCAAAGACAUUCAGACCACUGGUGUACCAACUUUAGACUACCGAACAUUUGUAAUGAGGGUGUUCUUUCCAGGAAUGACAGAAAAUCCUGUGAUGAAGGAGUUUAAGCAAUUAAAUGGACCUCAAACCAACUGUCAGUUGGCAAUGGCUCAGUUUGAACAGCUGAUCUACUGUAAACCUUUCUUAUUAACUUUAAUUCAUACAUUGGAGAGCCAGAAAACAUUUACCAUCAGAGACAAGGUGAAUGUCGCUUCUCUAAUCAUGAUUAUUUUAAUAGAAAAACUGGAAUACGCAACAGAAAUCCUUCAAGAGCUACUCCUAAAACUGAUAAACAAAUAUGUGGGAACAAAACACCCACAACUAAUACUGAGAAGAACAGAAUCAGUUGUAGAAAAGCUGCUGACCAACUGGAUGGCUGUCUGCAUGUAUAAUUAUAUCAAGGAUUACGCUGGUAGUUCAUUGUUUCUUCUGUUCAGUGCUAUUAAACAUCAAGUUGAAAAAGGACCAGUGGAUUUUAUAACUUAUGAUGCUCGAUACUCUCUUUCUGAAGAAAGACUUCUUCGUGAACAGACCAAUUACAGUAUUGUGUUUAUUCAAGUGGUCCAGGAAGAGGAGAAACUACAUUUCCGUGUUAACAGCUGUGAUACAAUUACCCAAGUUAAGGCCAAGAUAUUGGAUGGCUUCUAUAAAAAUAUUCCAUUUUCACAAAGACCAUCUGUACUAGAUGUCGACAUAGAAUGGCACCACGGUAGAGGAGGACAUCUGACCUUAGCUGACGAAGAUUCAACAACCAAGACAGUCAAUGGCUGGAAGCGCAUCAAUACUCUUGAACAUUAUGGAAUUAAAGAAUCAGCUGUGAUGAGAUUAGUGCCUAAAAUGAAACAAGGUUACCCAGAGCCGUCAAAUCACGGUGAUGGUGUAAUGACACCCAACUCUCCCCGAAGUAAUGAAAAAAUUCCUAUAGUGCGUUACUGGCACUUGGUGAGGUCCACAGAUGAACUUCUCACUGACCAGCAACAGAAAGAUCACAGCCACAAGGCUAUGCCAGAAAUAUUUCUUACCAGGUUACUGUCAACAAAGGGUACAGUGCAGCAGUUUGUGGACGAUUUUCUCUCUACUAUCUUGACAACUAAUGAAAUUCUACCUCCAGCCAUCAGGUGGUUGUUUAACUUACUAGACAAUGCUGCUACUAGGUAUGGAAUAUCAGAUCCUGAAGUAGUACAUGCUUGGAAGAGUAAUAGCCUUCUACUUCGGUUCUGGAUUAAUAUUGUGAAAAAUCCAGAUUUUAUUUUUGACAUUGAUAAAACACCUACAGUGGAUUCGUCUCUAUCUGUCAUUGCCCAAACCUUCAUGGAUGCUUGCUCGACAGCUCAACAUCGUCUGGGGAAGGAUUCUCCUUCAAGCAAGUUACUCUUUGCUCGUGACAUUCCAACUUAUCGACGAAUGGUUGGAAAGUUCUAUCAAGAUACUGCACUGCUACCAAUAAUCUCUGAUCCAGAGAUGAAGACCGCUAUGCAGAAUCUCUCGUUGGCACACAAGGGAGAAAUAGAAAUGACAAAUGUCCUCAAGGAACUUUAUGGAUACGUCAUAAAAUAUAGGGAUCAGAUUUUUGAGGCACUAGUGACAGAUCCCAAAUGUCAGAACUACCAUUUAUCAGACAAGCUAGAAACUGUAGCCUGCACACUAGGUGGCGAGGAAACGUCAGUAUGUUGAUGAGAAAGUGUUUUAAUGUUCCAUUCAUUUCCACAUCACACGAGAACAGAUGGCAGAUUUCUCGUACAAUAUGAUAAAAACCUCUGUUUACGAAGCAAAGAGGAGAUAAAGAUGAUAAUGGCUGGAGACGGCUUGAAUGGGUAAUGAAGAAAAACUUUAAUAUAAGUUUAACAUAACAGCAAAUGUACAACGUUUCGACAAGGUUUUGUCAUCAUGAGAUAAAGAUGAUCUUUAAUAACUUGUUAUUUCCCCAGAGUAUCGCAAAUAAUUUUUGUAUAUACUAAAUAUCUUCAGCUUAUCAGUGUUUUAUUAUUACGGUAUUACUCGGUUAACUCUUUUACUGCCACACUUAUUUUUGGAUACACGAUAAAAAAAAAUAAAAAAUGUUUCAAUA